AGCCGAAGAGUCUAUAUCCCGUCAUUAAAGACCUGGCCUGCAUACGGUUCACUUUUCCUGCAUUCAUAAUCAUUGACCUGUUGUUUGUUUCUCGUGUCGCUAUAUCAACCAUCGUCUAAUUGUGCGAGGCGAACAUGUUGAACGUGUUUCGGCGCCGAUCGGGGCUUCGGACCGGCGGUAACACGGCCAGCGACGAGGAUCUUCAAUUCGCCACCCACUCCAAGAUUAGCUUCUAUGAUCUCCCAGGCGAAAUCCGCAAUCAGAUCUAUGAACUAUCCGCACACAACGCAACACUACGACUUAUCGAAAACCAUCACAAAAGCGACGCAAAUAAGCAAAAAGAAUGUAUAGCGAUCCCAGGACUCCUUUUGACUUCUCAUCGCUGCCGUGAAGAGUAUCUUCCCCUCUUGCUCUCGACCGCCUACAUCGAUGCCCUGAUCGUCAACUUCGACUUCAAGAAUGUCAUACGCCUCACCAAGGGGCUAUAUCCCCCCGAGCUGAAGGCACUUCGCUCGAAUCCCAGUCUCAACAUCUCCCUCCUGGUUCCCAGCAGCAGUUCCCAGCAAGAAUUCUCAAAUCUUCGCCUCUGGGCCACGAGUUGUGCUUAUGAUCUGGAUCGCUUGCCCUGGAAUUAUCAACUCGCUCCCGAGUCGCAAAGCUCGACUUGCUCGGACAUUCGCCGUAGCUGUUAUUAUCGCAUGACGUUCAUGUUCUCGGCUGUCGAGGAGAGACUGCAGUGGGAGAUGUCGCGUCUGAUCAAUGUCAUUCGGGACGCCGAGCAGGGUUGGUGAUGCCUAGAGUUUACGACUUGCUGCUGAAAAGCUUUCCCUCCAGAAAAUGACACAACUCUGCGUGUCGCUGGUCGAUUCGAAAAUUGUCG